AUGGAGCACCCACCGUCGCCCUCGGAGCGCUCCUCGCGCAACUCCCCCGCUCAGAACCCAGGUUCCAGCACGCUCGGUUAUCGUGCCAGUCCAAGUCGCCCGGCACCACCGCCAGAGCCCACGUCAACAAACACGACAGACGCCCCCAUUCCAGAUGACGAGCAUGGUGCUGACUUACCUAUGAACAUGACCGCGUCAGUUAUGCUAACGGGUCUCCCACGGGACGCUCACCAAGCUCUGGCGGACGUGGAAGCUAUCGAUGCUGGCAAAGUAACUGUCCGCUUUCAACCACUCCCAUCAGCUCCGAUCCUGAAAAAUCGAGUCUUCAAAAUCAGCGCCUCUCAGAAAUUUGAAACCGUAGUCAAAUUUCUGCGUAAGAAGCUCGAUUGCAAAGACACAGAUUCUGUCUUUUGUUACGUCAACAGCGUAUUUGCGCCCGGCCUCGAUGAAGGCGUUGGUGGGCUGUGGAGAGUAUGUGCAAACUGUCCCCGAUUUCACUUCUGCCGAGUCCAGACAAAACGUCCUUACCACACUCACUGCUACUCAUACUAA